UCGGGGCCGCGCAGGCGCAGUUAUGCGGUAGGUUCCCAAGAUGUCGUUCCCCAAGUACGAGCCGUCGCGCCUGGCCACCUUGCCCUCUACCCUUGACCCAGCUGAGUAUGACAUAUCCCCGGAAACCCGGAAGGCGCAAGCCGAGCGGUUGGCCAUAAGAUCUCGGCUGAAAAGAGAGUACCUGCUGCAGUACAACAACCCUAGCCGCCGAGAGCUCAUUGAAGAUCCUGCCUUGACUCGUUGGACCUAUGCAAGAUCUGCAAAUAUCUAUCCCAAUUUCAGACCCACUCCCAAGACCUCACUCUUAGGAGCUGUUUUUGGAUUGGGGCCCCUUUUCUUCUGGUAUUAUGUUUUCAAAACUGACAGAGAUAGGAAAGAAAAACUUAUUCGGGAAGGAAAAUUGGAUCGAACAUUUAACAUCUCAUAUUAAUUCUGGCAAUGAUGACUAUGUGUAUUAUGUUUAAAUAAAUCUAUUAAUCAUUAAAUAGUUUUUCUUUCUUAAUGUUA